GCGGGCCUAUUGUACUUCUGUUUAACUUCCGCUUUAGUUUGAUUCUUCUCGAUUCUCGUGUGGCGGUUUUGGUGAUAUUGUAUUGAAACAGGUUUUUUUUCCGUACAAGCUAAGAUGGCAUCACGUCGGCGUCGAGCAGAAUCAUACAGCGAUGAUGAGGACAUGGGCCAUUCCUCAAGGAAGAGGAGAAGGGCAUCAGACAAUAUUGACAUUGAAGACCGACUGGAAUCACUUAUCACAAGAGUUGGAGAGAAGAGUACUUCAUCACUUGAAAGCAACUUGGAAGGGUUAUCUAGUGUGUUGGAGGCAGAUUUACCCAACUAUAAAGGCAAAAUCAUACGCAUUCUUUGUGAAUGUGUAACCCGUCUGCCUGAGAAAAUGGCGGUGUAUUCCACACUAGUAGGACUCCUUAAUGCCAAAAACUACAACUGUGGAGGGGAGUUUGUUGAACUGUUAGUGAGAAAUCUCAAGGAGACCAUGAAGUCUGGGGAGUACGAACAUGCCCGACUAAUUGUACGAUUCCUGUCUGACUUGGUCAACUGUCAUGUUGUGGUUGCUGGAUCCCUACUUGCCAUGUUUGACAACUUCAUUGAGGUCACACUCGAGGACAACAUCCCACAGGUGAGAUCUGACUGGUUCUGUUAUGCUGUGAUGUCGUCAUUACCUUGGGUUGGUAAAGAACUCCAUGAGAAGAGAGAAGCAGAGUUCAACAAACUACUUAUGUUGAUAGACAAUUACGUCAGCAAAAGGCAGAAGAUCCAUGUGCCUGCAUUACGGAUCUGGUCAACAGACAUUCCUCACCCUCAGGAAGAAUACAUUGAAUGCCUAUGGGCCCAGAUCAAGAACCUACGGAACAACAAAUGGGUGGAAAAACAGAUUAUCCGGCCGUACCUUGCCUUUGAUGGUAUCCUGUGUGAGGCACUACAGCACACCCUUCCCCAGAUCAUUCCCUCAUCUCACAAUGAGGAACAGGGCUACCCUCUCCCCAGUGUUAUCUUCAGAAUGUUUGACUAUACAGAUGUGCCCGAGGGUGUGGUGUUACCAGGAAGUCACUCUGUAGAGCGAUACCUGAUUGAAGACCAACUCAACAGAAUCAUACACACAUAUAACACAGAGAGAAAGGACUGUGCUGCCACACUUCUUAGUUUCCCAUCAAAGAGCAAGAUACCACUGAAUUAUAUGAUUGUAGAGGUCCUCUUUGGCCAGCUUCUCCAGCUGCCCAGGCCACCGUUCCUGGAAGUUUUCUAUGGAUCUCUGCUUAUAGAACUGUGUAAACUGCAGCCAGGCUCUAUGCCACAAGUUCUUGCCCAGGCAACAGAAAUGAUUUAUGAACGUCUCGAUACCAUGAACACUACAGCUAUGGAAAGAUUUGUAUCCUGGUUUGCAUACCAUCUCAGUAAUUUCCAGUUCCGUUGGAGCUGGGAUGACUGGUCUAGUUGUCUGGAGUCGGACCAUGAACUGCCCAAGGCCAAGUUUAUUUGUGAGGCCCUGCACAAGGCCCUGCGGCUUUCAUACCAUCAGAGAAUUACUGAGACUGUGCCAGAGGUUUUCAUGCCUCUCAUGCCCCUAAAACCCGAGUCAGAAUUCAAGUAUGAAAAGGAAGGGUCUGGGGCUUUACCAGGAACAAUGACUGCUCAUCAACUCAUUCAGGCUAUCAAGGGACGCUGCACCCCUGAAGAGGCCAUGGUACUGCUCAAGGAUCUUCCAAACCCCCUCAGUGACGAGGAGAGUGAUCCUACAUAUCAUCCACUGAGGAUUGAUGUCUUUGUCUCCGUUUUACUCCAUCUUGGCUGCAAAUCAUUUAGUCAUUCCUUUGCAGCCAUAGCCAAAUUCCACAACCUGCUUAAGAUGUUAGCAGAUACAGAGGAGGGACAGAUUUGGUUAUUACGAACCAUGUAUGAAGUGUGGAGGUCACAUCAACAGAUGAUGGUUGUACUUGUGGACAAGCUCCUGAAGACACAGAUUGUAGAACCAUCCUCUGUUGCUAACUGGUUGUUCUCAAGUGAAAUGCAGCCAGAAUUCACGAAGUUCUAUGUUUGGGAGAUGAUGCACAGUACAAUACGCAAGAUGAGUAAACAUGUUGACAAGUUACAGAAAGAUGUUGAGGAGGCAAAGGACAAACUUGAGGCCCACAAACGCAAGCGAGCAGAUGGACUUGAUUUUGACGAAGAUUACAGCGAAGAUGAUGUGCCAACAGAUGAGAUGAUUGAAAGAAUGGAGGAAAGGAUGGAAACAGCUCAGAACCAACAGAAACGACUUUUCCUCAUCAUAUUUCAGAGGUUCAUCAUGAUACUGACGGAUCACUUGGCCAAAUGCGAGGGAAGCGGAGUCGACUACAACACACCCUGGUACAAAUGGGUCAUAGAGAGGCUACAGCAGAUAUUUUUAUUGCACCACGAGCUUGUAUACCGGUACAUCAGCACACUUGAGAGCCUUCUGUUUACUAGUGAUAUUGACUUCCACAUAUUGGAAAUAUUCCAGCAGUUUUGUGCUCUUAGGUCUUGAGAUCCCUUUUGUCUGUACUAGAGAAACCUAAUAUUGCUGGUAGUGCAAUAGUUGGACCACAUGGUUAGUCUCACAAGUGACUAAAGAAGUGGAGUGGAAACCUUGAACUUCGAAUUUCAUUCAAGAAUCAUCUAAUGAAGUUUUUCAAUGAGAAAUCAGCAUUUCAAAGAUAUUUUUUUACAAAAUUUGAAAAUAUCAAUCAUUGAUAAUGAGUAUUCACUCUUGACAAAGCAAUGAAUUUUUUGUUAGUUAUGUUUUACAAAACUACACUUAGAAUUUUAAUAUCGCAAGACAUUUUACAUGCAGAGUGUGUGCUGCAAGCACAUCAGGAACUGGCUAUAGCAGCCCGUUAAACCUCUGUUCAGUGCCGAGGGCAAAGUAUAGUUCAACCUAUGUCUCAAUUUCACCAUAAAUUCAUCUCACCCCAAUUUCUUUUUCUCACAAGAUUUGUAAAAGAAUAAGUACUUAUAAAGGCUGGGUAUAUACUUUUGAUAACUAGAUUUGGCUUGAACCAAAUUGUCAAAUAUACCUGUUCAUAUUUUGCAAUUUUAUAAAGAAUGAUUAGAUCUGUGUGUGAACAUUUCAUCUUAUUUCUACCGUUGAACCCUAUCUGAGUACAAGGAAAGUGCAACACAUCAACGAACAGUAUCAACAGUGGCUUCAGGAAGUAAAACAAACUUUCAUUGGACAGUUUAAGUAGGCGGGGCUUCAGGCCUUUAAACGACAAUGACUUGUGCUCAUAUGUACGCAAGGGUAGGGGUGGGGGGGGAGUCUGUAGGGAGAUAUAAAGAAUAUUCCUGUUUACAACAUCGCUUUGGCUGAAAUGAUUCAAGUAAGCAUGUUGGACAAAGUUUUUGUAAACAACACCUAGCAGGCCCUCUUCAAUGCUAUAGAAAUACUGAAAUUACAUAUAAACAUAUUUUAACAGUCCUGGUCGAAAGGUUAACCACAAUCUUAAAUCAAACUUUAGUUAAACAAUGAUGCUGAUGAAGAUGUUGGAUUUACAGCAAUAGUACUAGUACGAUCGGUGUCCUGAUCAUGAUGGUACACAAACACAUCAGGAUAGCAACAGUUCCAGCCGAUCACCAAUCUGAUUAUUGUUCUACUGGAUAUUCCACAUCCCUAUUUCUGUCACUAUUUUGGUCAUAGUGGAUAUGUGCAAAUACAAAACCAUCUGCUGAAUUAAAAGUUAUUUUUUCAUUUUCUGAUGAUGUCAACAUUUAAUUAAAACUCUGCCUACUUCAAAAACUAACGUGAGUGGGAUGCAGAUUUCUGAUUAUAUUUGUACAUUCAAUACAUUCAACACUCAUCAAUGUAGUGAAGUACUUUAUCCACAGAUAGGGUUCAAUGACAGUAACAUUACCGAAAAUAUUUACCUGUUGAUUUGUAGCCAUCUUUGCUAGUCAAGGGUUACGGUCUGCCUACUCCUCUUCACUUCACUAGAGAAGAUGAUUUGUAGCAGAAUCAUGCUGAUGUUUUACAAUGUGGUAUGUAUAAGAUAAAUGGUGCAGAUUUGUUAUUAAUGGUACUACCAUGAAAACACUGUAUGAAACUGUAAACAUACAUAACACAAUCAAAUUUUAGUACAAAAACUAAAAUAAAACAGAUCAGCAGAAUGAUGAAUUAAUGCACCAACAAUGAUUACCAUAGAUACCAAUGUAGAUAAAUUACACAAUCAUAAGUUAGAGGAAUGCUAAAAUAAUAUUAACGCUUAACAAGAGUGUAAAAUGUAACUCUCUCUUCAUGAUGCAUUUUAUCACAUGUAUAUUAAAUCUUAUACAAACAAUUCAGUAUUUAAAAGCAAAGUAAAGGAAAAAAUGUGACCAUACAUAUAAAUCUUGUAAUAAUCCAUGGAGGCCAACACUUACCUUCAGACUUCAGGGUAGGGAUGGGCUUAUAUCAGGUCAGUAAUGUAGCAUUUUUAGGAAAUUCUACUUAAAAACAAUAUAUGGAUGGGCUUAUUACAAGACAUGGGUGACUGCUGGAUGAAUUAUGGUAGCAUGUACAAGUUUUUUUAAAUGGCAUCUAAAAGUUAUGUGAAGCUAACUACAUGUAUAUUAUUCAGAUUGAUAAAAUCAUCACAGAUAGUAAUUAAACUAACCUUACUGUUCAGACUCAUUAACACAAUCUUUACUAUAUACUGUGUUUCUGUGAUGUUUGUUUGUUGGGUUUAUAGUCCUGUGAACCGCCAGGGUCAAUUUGAGGCAGGGUCUCCCUGUUUCUGUGGGAAAAGGAAUAACUGGUUAUAUUGAAUACAGGAAUCUUGUAUGUGACAGGCAGCUAGUUGUGUAAAGCUUAAGUGAUUAAGAAAUGAUUUUAAGGUAUCACAACCCUUUGACAGGUAUACUUUAGUAUACAUUUUAGUUAAAUUCAGGGCUGUACUAGAAAAACUUAUCUGUCCUAAGGAGGGAGAUUGUCAUGGCAUUCACUAGUUAUUUUAUAAGUGGAGCCCUUUUCUUAUUGAACAUGGUCAUUCUGUAGUUUGAAUGGACUUGAAGAAUAAAAAUGUUCUUUUCAAUUUCUAUGCUACACAAGGCUAUAGGACAAAUACUGGUGGUGGUUCUAGUGGAAAAGUUCGACGAAUAUUGAGCCCAUCCUAAGCAGUAAAUAUUUUAAUGGAACAGCACUUGGUAAUUACUAUCAGCUUUUUUGCAAAGGAAUAAGACGAUUGCAGUGGUGUAAAAAGCAAUGGUAGCAGAUAGAGAAAAGAUUUUAUUUACAGGUGUGUUCAAGACACGUAAGUUUUGUACAUUUUAAAAUGUCUAUAAACAGUAAUGCCAAGAAAUUGGAGAAAGUUAUAUUGAACAACAGAACUCUCAAAUACACUGAAACAUUGUGUGAAUUGAUUUCAGUAUAAAAGCAUAAUUAGCUAUUGUUCAUCCUGUUUCAUUAGCUGUUCAAUUUCACACUGAAUGUAUCACACAGCGAUCAUCUCUGUUUUGUAAUAAUGUAAAUAUUAUAUGAAUUAUGAAUAAAUUUUAAUGGAGACAAUACUC